AUGAUGUUUCCGCUUUUGCAAUUACAACUAGCGAGUAACAUCAUCCAUAAUGAUUCAAAGGAUGAGCUUGAUCAAUAUCGCAGAGAAAGAAUGAAUUCACCUCCAGACAACAAAAUUUUCAAUAUUCAAAACUAUUUUUGCACGAUACCAAACAUUUUAACAAAGCACAAUGACGGAAAAGUUCUUACAAAAAUAGAAAUUACCCGCAAGGACAAUGAAUUUUCCCUUCCUAACGUUCCUUUUGGUAUUAACGAGAUCAGAUUCUUUACCGAUCGCGAUAAACUUUCAACAUUAAAACCAGGUCAACUCGGAAUUAUCGAUGUAGACUCUAAUUGUAAGCAUGCUUAUUACAUUUCUUACAAUCAGGAUAUUGCUGGCGCGGCAAAUCCUGCAACAAUGAACCUUGCAUCUGGAUCAUAUUGA